AUCACCAAGACAAGCAAAGCCCAGAAAAUGAGAAACAUCCUCAUUUGGACAGCCCUACUUGCCUCACUGUUCAUUGCAUUUCAGAAUGAUUGCUGCUGCAAUGCUGCACUAGACUUCAAUGACAGGGCAGAUUUCAACCCACCCCAAUCUAACGCCCCUGACUGGAUGGCAUCCAUUGACGACAGUAAGAUGAUCUCUCACAUCACCAUCCCUGGUAGCCAUGACACCAUGGCCCUUUACGGAGGUCCAGCGGCGAUAUGCCAGGCCUGGACUCUGAAAGAUCAGCUCAUGGCCGGCAUACGCUAUCUUGAUAUCAGAACGACAGCAUAUUUUGGACCCCUUUCCUGUAUGCACGGACCGAUGUAUCAGAAAGCCACUUUCGCUGAUGUGAUAAACAUUGUCCAGGACUUCCUAAAAGACCACAAGAGAGAAACUGUUCUCCUAAGGGUAAAACCAGAGAACCUUUUAUUUAAAGGAAGGGUUAAAGAGAAAGUUCAAAGAGUCAUUCAAGGUUAUGACAACAUCAUUGUUACGUCAAACAUACCAACAAUGGGAGAAGCUAGAGGCAAAAUUGUGUUUGUACAGAAGGGCCAGUUUGACCUUGGCAUUCCAAUUCACAGUACUGAUAAGGCAGGGGAUUACAAGGUUGUUGAUAUUGGUAACAAAAAGGACAAAAUUCUGAUUCAUUUGAAAGAGGCCAUGAAUCAAUGUGGUAGGGAUAAAGUAAUACUGUCUUACUCAAGUGGCACAGGGUUUGGCACAUUAAAGGGUAUGUUAUUAUCACCUAAAUGUGUAGCCAGGGAAGUUAAUCCUUGGCUCUGUAACUAUCUGAAGGAUCUGGAGAAGAAUAUUUUGCGAGCGGAAUCUUGUUUUGGAGUCAUUGCUAUGGACUUCCCUGGCUUUGACCUCAUACAAACUGUGAUUGAGCUAAAUCGUUGAACCAUAUAUAGGCCUAAGCAUAAUUUUAAAGUCAUUCUAUGACUUCGAUUUGAAAUGUUUGUAUGCUGAAUAAAAUGUUCAUAUUCAGGAGUGUAAACUGCAUCACAAAACCUGUUGUAUACAUACCAAGCAAUAUGCAUGGAGAAUCUACAAAACAUUAUCUGCUUUUCCUUUUUGUUUUAUUUAACAAUAAGAAGCAAUAAAGUGGAAUGGAAUAAAAAAAUAAACGUUGGUAAUUAAAUCCCA